GAGAGAGAGAGAGAGAGAGAGAGAGAGAGAGAGAGAGUGGUGACUAGGGGCACGGCGAGACCGUGCUCGUGUCGACCCUUCUUUCGUCGACUGGAGUGACCGAUCGAGUUGCAGUUUCCAAAUUCCAAAUCCCCGAUCGCGCAGCGAGAGCGAGCCGGCGCCGAUGGCGAUGGGGGCGGCGGCGCGCGCGGCGGCCGCGGACGCCGUGGUGACCUUCCUGUGGGUGCUGUGCGCCUCCGCGCUCGGCGCCGCGACGGCGGCCGUCACGUCGUUCCUGGGGGUGCAGGAGGUCCCCGGCGCCGGCCACUACGCGCUCCUCGUCACCGCGUGCCUCCUCGCGGCGCUCCUCUUCGCCUUCGAUCUCCUCUGCGGCGCGCUCGGCGGCGCCAGCUUCAACCCCACCGACUUCGCCGCCUCCUACGCCGCCGGCCUCGACAGCCCCUCCCUCUUCUCCGUCGCGCUCCGCUUUCCGGCGCAGGCCGCCGGCGCCGUGGGCGGCGCCCUGGCGAUCUCGGAGCUGAUGCCGGAGCAGUACAAGCACACGCUCGCGGUCGCGUGGCCCGCGCUCAAGGUGGAUCCCCACACCGGCGCCCUCGCCGAAGGGGUGCUCACCUUCUUCGUCACCCUGGCCGUGCUCUGGGUCAUCGUCAAGGGGCCCCGCUACACGGUCCUCAGGAUCUUGAUGCUCUCCGUCUCCAUUGUCAGCCUCAUCCUCGCCGGCGCAGAGUACACGGGGCCGUCCAUGAACCCAGCCAACGCAUUUGGCUGGGCAUAUGUUAACAAUUGGCACAACACAUGGGAGCAGCUAUAUGUGUACUGGAUAUGCCCCUUUAUUGGGGCCAUGCUUGCUGGGUGGGUCUUCAGAGCGGUGUUCCUACCAUUGCCACCUAAGCCCAAGACCAAGAAAGCAUGAUCAAGUUCAAUCCUGGAUUCAGAUAUAGUCAUCAUUUGGUUGUGGAUGCUAGUUUUGAAGAAAUCGGCAAACAGAGGAAUAUCAAAUAAGCUUAUGAUGUAUUUGAUUUCCUCAACUUACCACAAACAUGGUGUUGUGCUCUAUUACGUAUUUGUCAUUAAUAAAUUAUUUGUAUAAUAUGAAUUUAGGUUAAUCAAAAUGUCUUACUUGUCCUUA